AUGUCCAGCCCUCCGUCUCGACUCAAGAAUAUACUCGGACACCUUCUUUCGUCGUCUGCACCGAAGAAGGAUGAGCCUCAACCAAAGCACCAUAUUCACCAACUCUCCCCAACAUUCUUUCUUGAGCGUGCCGCAGCGAUAGAGCCAGAUGCCGAGGCCAUCUUCCACGUAACGGCCAACGGCCAAACCUUGCGACGGUCUUACAUGGAAUUCGCCGACAGAGCACGUGGUCUGGCUUACUAUCUUAAGAAACACGGCCUCAAGAGGGUUGGCAUCCUGGCGCCCAAUACUCCAGCUUUUCUCGAAUCCAUCUUUGGAAUUGCUGCCGCUGGGGGGGUCAAUGUGGGUGUCAACUACAGACUGAAGCCGGAUGACAUCACAUACAUAUUUGACUUUGCCGAGGUUGACUCUAUAAUCGUCGACCACGAGUUCGUCCCUUUGCUAGAUGAGUUUAAGGCGAAGCACCCAAACGUGCCCUUCAUCGUCGACACGGACACUGAUGCCACUGAGGGAGAAUUGAGUGGCCCCUUCGACGAUGCAGUCCUGGAGGGGCUGCAGUAUGACAGUCUCCAUGGCCAGGGAUGGGCGGGACUUCACUCCCAGUGUGGCAACGAGGAUGAUAUGCUCGCCAUUCCGUUCACCUCGGGAACCACGAGCCGGCCCAAGGGUGUCGUAUACACCCACCGGGGAGCCUACUUGGCCACCAUGGGAAACGUCAUUGAGUCGGGAUUGAACUAUCAUAAUGGACGCUGCAAAUUUCUAUGGACCCUCCCCAUGUUCCACGCUGUUGGUUGGACUUUUCCAUGGGCGGUGACGGCAGUACGUGGUACACAUAUCUGCCUGAGAAAGAUCGACUAUCCUCUCAUCUGGAAACUCCUCAAGGAGGAAGGCGUCACUCAUUUCAACGCGGCACCAACCGUCAACACUCUCUUGUGCUCUUCAAAGGAGGCGGAGAAAUUGCCUCGCGAGGUUCGGGUGACAGUGGCAGCCAGUCCGCCGAGCGCGCAUCUUUUUGAGCAGAUGAUGAACUUGAAUCUCUUCCCCGUCCACGUGUACGGAAUGACGGAGACGUAUGGACCCAUCACCAAAGGCUACCCUAUGCCGUCGUGGGAAACCCUCCCGUCCAGCGAGAAGUAUGCCAAGAUGGCUCGUCAGGGUCACGGGUUCGUGACGAGCCUUCCCAUCCGUAUAGUCAAGACGGAUCAACCGGAGGGUGUUCUCGUUGAUGUGGCAAAGGAUGGCAAAGAGACUGGCGAGAUUGUGUUCUUCGGCAAUAUCUGCGCCAAGGAAUACUACAAGGACCCCGAGGCAACCAGAAAGUUGUUCGAUGGGGGCGCGUUGCACUCGGGAGAUCUGGCGGUCUGGCACCCGGACGGUUCGGCUCAGAUCCUUGAUCGGGCAAAGGAUAUCAUAAUCUCGGGGGGUGAGAAUAUCUCUUCUGUGGCCCUUGAGGGCAUGCUCGUCCAGCACCCCGACCUACUCGAAGCGGCCGUUAUCGCAGUACCCGACUCUCACUGGGGCGAACGACCUAAAGCCUAUGUCACGGUCAAAGAAGGUAAGACUAUAAAGGGGGAGGACCUGAUCAUAUGGGCGAAGCAUCAGAGCAAUAUUUCCAAGUUCAUGGUACCUCGCGAGGUCGAGGUGGUCGGCGAGCUUCCCAAGACUAGCACGGGUAAACUGAAGAAGAACGUUCUCAGGGAGUGGGCAAAGGGGCGUAGGGAGUGA